GCCUGGUACUUACGCAUGCGCAGUAGUAAGCGUCAGGCCAGCCUCGUGUUUGUCUUCAUACAAGCGUCUCUUCCCUUGUGCUCUUAUACUGAGAGAAGCAGAGAGCUUGUGAAAAAGACCUUGGCGGAUCGAGCUUUCCUUCGGCGCAAAGUCGACAAGAGCAAGAAAACAAGUCAUUCCACAUCUGAAAAGCGCAAAUCCGGCGAGAUGGAAGCAGCGAAGUCUAAGAAACGAUCCGCGGACACAGCGCUUCACAAGUCCAGGUCUCCCAAGAAAUCCAAGACUGGCAAAGAAGGCAAAAGAGGGAAAAAAACAUCGAAAGGCGACGGACCACACGUAAAAAGAGCUUCCUCGGCCUACAUUCACUUCACGACUGAUUUCCGAAAGAAACUCAAAGAGAAAUGCGAGAAGAAAGGCGAUCCACUACCCAAAGCAAACGAAGUCGCGAAGAUGGCGGGUGAAGCGUGGAAGAGUCUCUCGGACGAAGACAAAACGCCAUACAACAUCAAAGCCCAGGAAGACAAAGAUCGCUAUAUGAGAGAGAGUGGAAAACUGGCUAAAGUUGAAUCUGAUAAGCCAAAGCGUGCUCCUACAGCUUAUUUCAUAUUCCUUGCUGAAUUCCGAAAGGAAAUGCAAGGUAAAAAAACAGAUAGUGAUCAGAAAAUCCCAGCCCUUGCCGGAGAAAAAUGGCGAACCAUGACCGACAAAGACAAAGAGAAAUACAAGCAGUUGGAAGCGGUCGCUAAGAAGAAGCAUGAAGCCGCUAUGGAAGAGUGGAGAAAGAAGAAUGCUGGAAAAGAACAGGCUCAGCCAAAGGCAAAACCAGAGAAAAAGAAGCCACCACCCAAAAAGGAGCCCAAGCCAUCAGAAUCGGAAGAAGAGGAUGACGAUGAUGAAGAUGACGAUGAUGACGAAGAAGAGGAAGAGGAAGUUGAGGAUGAUGAUGAUGGCGGAGACGAUGACGAAGACGACGAUGAUGAUGAUGAUGAUGACGAUGAUGAGUGAAAAACCUCGCAUUCCACUUGCAUUCUUAAAAAAGAGAGCCAUUCCCAUUGAAUUUCACUUAACUGCUCAUUCACAUUACCUUUUUUCAGUUUUGUUUUCCUGAUUUCAAAUUCUGACAAAAUGUGUUCAUCACUAUAUCAUUAAUGUAUUGAAGAUAUUUGUAAUGUCACCACAUUUCACUUACGCUUCCUCUGCAUACCUGCAGCUUGUGUUCUGAAUAUCUUUUCCUUUAUUUUGCCUUUUUGCAGUCAUAGCAGUGACUAGUCCAUUUAAGUCAUUAUUUUAUAGUUUGGAGGUAGGGAAAGUACAGAGUUCCUACUAUCUUUCUGAAGGCUCUGCAAAAUUAGUUUGCGUGGAUCCCAUUUGUUCAUUAACAGCUUAGGGAGUUUAACUUUUGUAGACACGAGUGUGAACGUGUUGCAGUUGUGUUGGUCUUAAAGGCCUGUUUAUUUUACCCUUAGACAGACAUGCUUUUGUUAAAUAGUAUUAAAUAACAUCCCUCUUGGUAGCUAUUUAUUCUGAUUUAGUCAGGUCUGUAUAAUCAAAAAACAUUUUUUUGUGUGUUUACCAGUAGCAGUGCCAACAGAACAUUUUCAAAGCUAGUAUCUUUUGAUGGUCUAUUCAGACAGGUUUGGGCAUGUGUUGAACUUCCUUGUAAUCAGGGGGCGACAUGUAUUUUUUGUUGCAUAACAUAAUUGUCUAUCUUUAUUCAAAGUUCUUUGACAGACAGUGAAUUUUCAGGGUUUUUUUUGGUGAAUAGUGAGUCUUUAUCACUUGUUCCAGAUCAAAAUGUAAACUUCUAAUGUGGUUAAUUACUUGGAAGCAUCUCAUAUAAUGCUGGAUGUCCAGGCCUUUUGGCUAAGAUCAAGUGUAGUAAUUUCACCAAAAUUGUACUUUACUGAGAGAUUGUGAGUAUGUCUUAGAGAAAAGCUCAUGAAAAGUGACCAUCGUUAUCUCAUGUGACCAUGAGUUUACAGGUGACAUGAGCCCCUUUUUUCUCCCUACUUGCCUUCUGUUGGCACACUUUGUAAACAAGGACCGAGUUUUUUUAGUUUGUAUAUGUAUAUGUUUUAAAUAAAGCUGUUGUUUUCCAGC